AUGACUCUCAUAUUCAAUCUACUAUUUUCCCUGCUGUUUACUACUAUUUCAGCAGCCAGGCUGUCUAAACAUACUGCCCUUCAAGCGUCGUCCUUUGUUGGAGCAACUACUAGCGCUGUCUUUCCUGUUCCAAAUGCUACAAAUGCUGCGUCCGCAUUCGACUCUUUCUUUCCUGAGGCAUCUGUAGUCGGUUUUGCUGGACCAACUCCUACUGGUGACGAGGCAGAAUUAGUCACGACGGCGACUUCCCUACCAAAAGUUGCGGAUGCCUUGCCACUAUUAAACCCAUCAACAUUCGACAACAAAUCCUCAUUCAAUGUGCUUCAAUCUCUUGCAAACCUUUCGCCUAUGUUCUCUAUCGACUCUUUGGGCCUUCCUAAAAGUAGUGCGCUCAUACCAGCGGGAUGCGACAUUACUCAGGUCCAUCUACUUUUCCGUCACGGAGCCAGAUACCCCACUCUGGGCUCACUCCCUGCUGCAUUCGCUACGAAACUACAUAAUUCGACUAUUUCCGGUACCGGGUUCACGGCAAAAGGAAAACUUAAGUUUCUAAAUACAUGGCCAUACAAACUUGGGGCUGAGAUUUUGACGCCCUUCGGACGCCAACAGCUGUUCGAUCUCGGCGUUUCAUUUCGAGUCAAAUAUGGCGAGCUUCUCAAGAAUUUCACUAGUCUACCUGUCUUCCGUACCACUUCUCAAGAGAGAAUGCUUCAAUCGGCGGCGAAUUUCGCAGCUGGAUUCUUCGGCAUUCCGGAUUAUCAGAUGAAUUAUAGGCAAUUGAUCACAAUUGAAACCAGCGGUUCGAAUAACAACACCCUAGCUCCAAAUUGUCAGAAUAGGAACAAUCCUAACAUCAGCAGCAUUGUACCGAUUAUGACGAAUACCUGGGCCAAUAUCUAUCUUCGAAACGCACUUGCGCGUCUCUCUCGACGACUCGAAGGAUUUAACGUCACCAUAGAUGACUUGCUCGGUAUGCAAGAGCUGUGCGCAUACGAGACUAUCGCUCUUGGGACGUCCGAAUUCUGCGAUCUGUUCACUGAAGACGAAUGGAAAGGAUUCGAAUACUUCCUAGAUCUCAGCUUCUGGUAUGCAAAUGGACCUGGAAACCCAACUGCCGCAGCAUUUGGCAUUGGCUAUGUCCAAGAACUUACUGCAAGACUGACGAAGACACCGAUCUCAAUUCAUAACACCUCAACUAAUGCGACCAUCACGGACAGUAACGUUACAUUCCCCCUUGACCAGCCAAUUUUCGUCGAUGUGACCCAUGAUAACACGAUCGCAUCUAUACUGGUGGCUCUAAAUUUCACGUCGUUCGCUGCUAAUGGGCCCUUGCCUUCUGAUCGUAUACCAGAAAACCAGACAUAUAUUGUCAGUCAAAUCGCGCCAUUCGCCUCACAGCUCGUCGGACAAGUUUUGUCUUGUUCCGCGUCCUCGACUCCAAAUCAAAUUCGAUGGCUGCUUAACGAUGCUGUCGUUCCCCUCACUGGCGUAAACGGCUGUCCAGAAGAUGAGAACGGGCUUUGUCCCCUGGACAGUUUCGUAAGAGCGAUGCAGACGCGGCUCGCUGAGGUUAAUUUCGCCUUCGACUGUUUCGGUGAUUAUUCCGUACCACUCCCGGACCUGAUCACAGACGGACGACCUCCGAUCGAUCAGAGACCCGCAUGAUUCUCGCGACAGUGUACAGAUUCUCAUCCGUCGACCGACAAAGGAUUCCCGUUCCUGUUCCACGAGUUUCUUACUUGUGAACCAAACAAACGCUGUAUAGACUCGAAGGAUGCGUUCACGACCUGUAUUCGAGUAUGAAACU